GACAAUGGCCGCUUCACUGUUACAUUUGCUGGUUACCACAACUGCAGUGGCAUGUAUAGCUAAAGCAGUGAAGGAGUGUCCUCCAUGGUUUGAAUGGGUGAAUACCUCAGACUCAUCUGGAUAUUGUGACUGUCCAAGUGAAUUGCCAAACUUCAUACAUUGCGAUGAAAGAAACCAGAGAUCUUCAAUCUCACAAGGCUCCUGCAUUUUCUACAACCGCAAGGAAGACACUAUAAGUGCUACAUCGUGCUUAUUUUUCUUUCCAGCGCAUGCAACAAAGAACGGCAUGUUUACCCUCCCAGCAAACGUCAGUGAGUUAAACAGUGUGGUGUGUGGAAAUCUCAGUCGAGAGGUGAAAGGUCCAAUGUGUGGAAGGUGCACCAAUGGCACAGGGCCAUCAGUGUACUCCAUUGGAACUGAAUGUGUUCCAUGUAGUCCUAUUAAUAUCUUCUACUACUUCCUACUACAAUACUUGCCAUCCAUGGUGAUGUUUCUAAUUGUCAUCAUCUUUAGGCCAAAUAUUACUUCAGGGCCAAUGGCCAACUACGUACUCUUCUGUAAUUUCUCAGUGAUCUAUUUCAGGUUAAAUUUGUGGAUUUUUGUCAAGCCACAUGAUGCUAUCACAAACGUAGCAAAGGCAGCAUUAACUCUAAGUGCAGUAUGGAGCUUUGAUGCUCUGCUAUUCGUCUCUCCUCAUCUAUGCAUAUCACAUCACAUGGAAGAGUUUUACAUACCAUUCCUAGAAUUCGUGGCCACUCUUUAUCCUUUUGUACUAUUGCUGCUGACUUAUGCAGUGAUAGAAAUGCACAGAAAAAACUUUGCGCCCGUUGUGUACUUGUGGAGGUUGUUCAGCAGAGUCUAUGUUCAGUUUUACAGAGCCUGGGACCCCAAGAUCAUCAAUGAUUCAAGCCUUUGCAUCACUGUUCUAUUUGUCAUAUGCCAGGCUCAGUUAUCUUAUCUGGCAGGCAUUUGAAUGGAGCGACGUAAGACACAACAAAGUAAAAGAACACAUAAGACUACUAUACAUUGAUCCAAAUGUUCCUUUUGGCUCCAAUAAACAUGUCUUUUUGAUGGCAUUUUCAGUGGCAGUGGCAGUGUUUGUCUUUCUUCCACCUCUCCUCAUCCUAGUGGUCUACCCCACCUCACUGUACAGGAAGAUCAGUCACUGGAUCAGUCCAAAGUGGAGGCUAAGAAUCAAAACAUGUGGAAACCUUUAACGGUUGUUUAAAAGAUGGUACAAAUGGAACUCGAGAUUAUCGAUCAUUGUGCGGCUGGGGACUACUUCUUUUUUGCCCUUUUCUCGGCCUGCUACUUUCCAUCAUAGCAAUAAUUUACGGUCCACCAAAAAGAACAUUCAUAGCCGCAUAUAUCACGGCCAUCUUUCUUUGUGUGAUUGGCUUUUUCUGCACAUGGCAGCAGCCUUACAAAGACAGAAAUUCUAAUAUCCUAACAGGUGGACUUCUAGUCCUUGUUAGUUUGUUGGCGGUAGGAGCUGUUCAUUCGCCGGAGACAGAGAAUACUGCCAAAGUAUUCAUGACUAUUCUUCUGCUGGUACCUCACAUCGUACUCUGGAGUUAUGUAGUUUGGAGAGUGCUGAAAACCAUUACGUCGCACUGCUACAGGUGUCAAAAUGAAGCUAACAGUGAAAGAGAGGGGCUGCUUCAUCAUUACUCCGAACGAAUGAAUUGAAGUGUUUUGUAUGCAAUGCUACGAAUAAGAGACAAUCACCGAUUUCGUUUGAAUUUUAAUUAGGUUGUCUCAACCGUAAAAAGUAGUAACCUUCGUGGUUUUCAUCCCAAGUUUCACACAAUUGCUUUGUUGCAUGAACCUGUGGACAUUGUAUAUUGCAUGAUUGGUUGAAAGUUUAUUUCACCUAACAAUGACUUCCAAUGUACUGCACUUAAGGAGUUUAAAAAUGGACAAUUCCAUAAUAGGUGGAGGCGUUAGAGAGAAAUUUUGGAGACUGAGAUUCCAAACAUAGAGACCAAGUACUGUUAGUGCGUAGAGUGGUAUCAUACACAUUGAAAGCAAAGUGUGCCUAAAUGAAAUGGUGGGAGAAAUAUUUACUUACGUGACAUUCAAAACAGUUCUGAAGUUUGUAUUGGUUAAAAGGUUGAAAGCAUGGGUAAUUAGAAAUGUUUGUGCUGAACACUAACACAAUGUUGUUGUAAAGGAAAAUUUACUUGUACAGUUUUAAACUACAACUGUUCUCUGACUCUGCAUGUACACGUGAUACAACAGGAAUUGGUAGCUACACAUGGGAACGUGUCGCCAUGGUACAGAGAGACUGUAGGCAA